CUCGUCGCCGGCGCGGUGUAAAACCCUAAAACCCCCCUCUCUCUCUCUCUCUCUCUGACUCCUGCGGCCCUGCCAUUAUCAGGCGACCGCUGAUCGUCUUCGACUGCAACUUCUUCCGCUUCUGCAGCUGCACCGCCAUUGCCGAACUGAAGUGGAAGAGGUGACGUUUCAUUCUAAAGGAGAUAAUUUUCGUUUUUGUGGGCAUCCCGAAGCUUAUUUGGGUUACCUGCCUCUGUUACAGGAAGGGCGGUGUUGGAGCAAUCGAAUUCCGGUAAACGAUGCAGCACGAUGAGGUCAUCUGGCAAGUUAUUCGCCACAAACAUUGUAGUUUUAUGGCCAAAAUUGAGACCGGGAUCUUCUGCAGAAACCCUUAUAACGUCACUGGGGUUUGUAACCGGAGCUCUUGUCCUCUCGCUAACAGCCGGUACGCCACCAUUCGUGAAGAAAAUGGUGUUUUCUACUUGUAUAUGAAAACCAUAGAAAGGGCUCACAUGCCUAAUAAGUUGUGGGAGAGAGUAAAGCUACCCAGAAAUUAUGAGAAGGCACUUGAAAUUAUUGACAAGCAUCUGAUGUACUGGCCAAAGUUGCUGGUCCAUAAAAUCAAGCAGAGAUUGACAAAAAUGACUCAAAUGCGCCUACGGAUGAGGAAGCUGGAGUUGAAGACCCGAGAGAAGAUUAUGACAGUACCCACAAAACAGAAGAGAAGAGAGGCUAGAAGAGAAGAAAAGGCUGAAAAAGCAGCAGUUUUGGAGAAGAGUAUUGAGAACGAACUGUUAGAACGUCUCAAGAAAGGAGUUUAUGGCGACAUAUACAAUUACCCUGUCAAAGAGUACAAUAAAGUGCUUGAUAUGGAUACACUCCAAGCUGCUGGUGAAGAAGAAGAGGAGGAACAGGAAUAUGAAGUAGAAUAUGUGGAGGGGUAUGAUGAACUUGAAGAAGAAGAAGAAGAAGAAGAUAUGGAAGACUUUGGUGGUUUUGCUGUUAAUAGAGUUGGUGCUGAUGUUGACAAUGUCGAUGCAGGUGAAGACGAUGAAGAAGAUGAUGAGGACAUGGAACCAGUUGAGCCGAAGAGGGGAAGAAAAGAGUCCAAGGCAGCCUUGCGAAAAGCCAAGAAAGAUGAAGACGGUGCUAAAUCCAAGAAAAGAGCCAAGGUUCUUGUCGAGGUCGAACGUGACCUCGCCGAUGAAAGACAAGUGGCGACUCAUUGAGAGCUUAGACAUUGUCGGACUCCUAUUUAGUUUUAACUUUGUAAAAGCAAAGAUUGUAGUGCGUAAAAUAUCGAACGGCUUGUGGAGUGCCGCAAGGAAAAAAUUUUGUUCAUUGAGUAAGUCGAUUAAAAUGUUCAUCUCCGACUAUAGUAUCCAA